GGCCACUCUUCUGCACUACACAACGCAAAAGAAUAAACAAAAAGCAACGACGAAAACCCUUCGCAGAAGAAACGUGUAUGAAUAUAAGUAUUAUAUCUCUAUAGAGUCUUUUUCCUUUCUGUUUUCGUACAUUCAAAAGCGUUUUCCAGCUGAAUCUUUCUUUUUGAGAAUAUUCGUGAAACGUUCAGUAAACAGAAUAACAAAGCCAGUGAAGGUCACUAAACGAUUAUCGCGAUGUAACAGAUAGUUCUGUAAACCAAACAGUUGUCAACUACACAUUUCGAAUUGUUUACAAGAAAGCAUGAAAAUGUGCUUUAUCCUAUAGAUUUUGUCUGAUAUUUAUUUUUAAACCUGUCUUCUUUAUGUGAAUAUUGAGAUUCUUUGGUUCAAGUUCCUUAUAGUCGUGGAUUUGUCAAUUGACAUUGUGAAUACGUAUUCAUAAGAUUUGGAAGCUUCUAUUCUUGUUUUCUCGAUAAUUUUAGAGUCGGUCUUGGUUUGAGGAAAGCUCAACGUUCCUUUUUUUUCGUUUCUUUCUAGGAGCAACCUUGAUUUGAGCCUGUUUAUUUUCUGUUUGAUUUCAAAUCAAUUAUUUCAAUUUUCAUCCUUCCCUUUUCAUAGGUGGUUUUUAUCUCUUUUGUCUGGUUUUUAUUUGUUUGUGUAUUAUUUGGGAGAAGAAAAUGGUUUUAGAAGAGACGGAUACUCCUUUCAAAGACGUCGAGUAUGGCUCCUUCUUCAGCUUUCGCCCUCAAAAACGCAGGGUCACGUACCAUCUAGAUGAACAAGUGGGGAAUUAUCAUUAUGGUGACAAGCAUCCCAUGAAACCACAUCGUAUAACAAUUGCAAAUCACCUUGUGAUGGGAUAUGGUCUUCAUAAUAAAAUGGACGUUUACAGUCCCAGAAAAGCUACCUUUAACGAAAUGGCUAGUUUUCAUCGAGAAGAUUAUCUAGACUUUUUACAAAGAGUCACUCCCGACGAUGCGGAAACGUACGCGGACACAUUUCAAAAUUUUAAUAUCGGUGCCGACUGUCCCAUAUUUGAUGGUGUGUACGAGUUUUCCCAAAGGUCUGCAGGUGCCAGUUUAGAUGCAUCAAGGAAGUUAACUCAAGGACAAACGGAUAUUGCCAUUAAUUGGAGUGGUGGGCUCCAUCAUGCAAAGCGAGCGGAAGCUAGUGGCUUUUGUUAUGUCAAUGAUAUUGUUUUAGCUAUCCUCAAUAUGCUACGAUAUUUUCCUCGGGUUCUUUAUAUUGAUAUUGACAUUCAUCAUGGGGAUGGUGUACAGCAGGCUUUUUAUGAAUCCGAUCGUGUCUUAACCGUCUCGUUUCACAAAUACAACGGCGAUUUCUUUCCUGCAACAGGAAAUUUUGAUGAAAACGGAAUUAAAGGCGGUAAGUACUUUGCAAUGAAUAUACCAUUAGAUGAUGGUAUAGGUGAUGAUCAGUACACAAGCUUGUACAAAUCUAUCAUCGAGCCGACGAUUAAUACAUUUCAACCUUCGGCCAUUGUGCUUCAAUGUGGAGCUGAUUCCUUAGGUUAUGACAGGUUAGGUGUUUUCAACCUUAGUAUUCGUGCUCAUGGUGAAUGUGUAAAGUUCACAAAGUCUUUUAACAUCCCCAUGCUUGUUGUUGGUGGUGGAGGAUAUACUCUUCGAAAUGUCGCCAGGGCUUGGUGUUAUGAGACCUCUAUUUGCGUGGACGAAUCGGUUCCUUCACAGUUACCAAAAGAUACUUCUUAUUAUGAAUUUUUUUCACCUGAUUACACUCUGCAUCCAAAAUUAAUAACCAAGAUUGAAAAUAAAAAUUCACCCAAAAUGUUAGAGGAUCUUAGGAUACGCGCGUUAGAACAACUACGCUAUCUGGGUAGCGCUCCAAGUGUUCAAAUGCAACAAAUUCCUCCAGAUUUAACUGGUCAUUUAGACGAAGAAGAUGAAUGCCUUAAUGAUGAAUUUCUUGAUAAAGUAUUAGAUGUCCGGGUAAAUGGGUAAACUCAGAGAUAUAUUUGUUAGAUUUAUGAUUGAAUGACAUGCCUUUUUUUUCUUCAAAUACAAAUACAAAUACAUUUAUUUGACGUUCUUCA